ACCUCGGAAAGUUAGCUGGUUGGUGCCGGCAGCCCGCUUUCGCUCCUGGCGCCUUCUGGCGGCUUUGCCGAGGGAGCCGGCGAGGCUGCCUCGUCCCUCGCUUGUCUCUAUUCCGCUCGAGUUGUUCCUCUGCUUUGCUGCUUGAGGCUCAGCCCUUCCGCGGGACUUCGAAAGGCGCCCUUGGAGGGUUUCGUCAGCGAGCUCACCGCUGCAAAGGACGGAGGCGGGGUGCAUUUCAGCCACGGCUUUGUGUUCUUACAAUGUGGGGGCCGUUCUCGGUCUUCUGAGUAUCUCCUUUUUCAGCUUGCGGAAUAAAAGCAUCAGAAUCAGGUGCUAUAUUCACAUUUGGAAAAAGCAAAUUUGCAGAAAAUGUGCCUAGCAAGUUUUGGUUUAAAAAUGACAAGCCUUUACACAUGUCAUGCGGAGAUGAACAUACAUCUGUUGUUACAGAAAAUGGUAAACUAUACAUGUUUGGAAGCAACAACUGGGGACAACUAGGACUUGGAACAAAGAAUACUGUCAGCAAACCAACUUGUGUGAAAGUUCUAAAACCUGAAAAAGUGAAACUAGCUGCAUGUGGGAGAAACCACACUUUGAUCUAUACAGAAAAAGGGAACCUGUAUGCCACUGGGGGUAACAGUGAAGGACAACUGGGAUUAGGAGACACAGAAGAAAGAAGUGCAUUUCAUCUAGUUAGUUAUUUUACCAGUCAGCACAAGAUCAAACAGUUGGCAGCUGGAUCCUACACAUCGGCAGCAUUAACUGAGGAUGGACAACUUUUUAUGUGGGGAGAUAAUUCUGAAGGCCAAAUAGGCUUGGGUAAUGAAGCUAAUGUAUGUAUUCCUCAUCAAGUGGAUGUUGGAAAACCUGUUUUCUGGAUCUCUUGUGGAUAUUACCAUUCUGCCUUAAUAACAUGUGAUGGAGAACUUUAUACUUUUGGGGAGUCUGACAAUGGGAAAUUAGGUUUGUCACUUGAACAACUGAAAAACAAUAGAGUCCCACAGCUUGUUUCUGGAAUUCCAAGUAGAGUUAAUAAGGUUGCCUGUGGAGGAGGACAUACAGUAGCACUGGCUGGGGGAGAGGUCUAUACCUUUGGCCUAGGUCAAUAUGGGCAACUUGGACUUGGUACAUUUAUCUUUGAAACUUCUGAACCAAAGAUAGUAAAUCAUCUGGAAAAGCAUAAAAUCUGUAACAUUGCAAGUGGAGAAAACCACACAGCUUUAAUAACAGAGAAUGGUCUUAUGUAUACUUUUGGUGAUGGACGGCAUGGCAAAUUAGGACUUGGGAAAGAAAAUUACACAAAUCAGUUUGUACCUACAUUAUGUUCCAAUUUUUUGAAGUUUACUGUACAUUUGGCUGCUUGUGGUGGUUGUCAUAUGCUGGUUUUUGCCACCCCAAAUCCUAAGAAAUCUGAUAAUAUUCAUGAGCUAGAAGAAAAUGAGCACAAUUUUUCUGUUAAAGUGUCCGAAAUGGGUGGAGAUGCAGACACCUUUCAGCAAACGUUUUCAGCACGUGUGCGACGGAGAGAGAAGAAGGAAAAAUCACCAGAACAAUGUGGUCGAUUGGUGCGAACGCUUCCUCCACUGGGGAAAACAUCCCUAAAACCUGCAUCAGGUAUCAUCAGCAGUACUCUUCCACUUGACAGAACUGAUAGAAAUAAAGAAUCUGAAUCCAUUAGGGAUCAUGAAACAGGAGAUAAGAAAGAGGAGAAUAGUGAUACAGAGGACAGCUCAACAGAUAAUGAUUCAGAUGAUAAUGAAGAAAGAACCCUUGGUGAUACUACAGAUAUCCUAAAUAUGACCCAUGUGAUGAGACUAAAUCUCAAUGACCAACUGGUAGAAUUAGCACCAGUUCAAAAACAAAAGAAGAAAAAUAAGAAUAUGAAACUGAAAAUUGAUGGUAAGGGUGGGUUGAAAGAAUCUGAUCGUAUCCAGUUUCAAGAGAGCUUAGAAUCUGGCAGAUCAUCUUCUCUUUUAGAGUAUCUGGCUUCAAAAAGUUUUGAAAAGGAUUCUUGCACCAAAAAAAGUAGCUAUGAGGCUUUUGUGCAGAAAAUUAAGACUCGUAAAAAGUAUUCAGGGAGUAAAUCUGAACAGAUGUCUACUAUUGCAUUGAAUUAUGAUACCCAAAAAACUGUAAAAGAAGAAUUUAAAGUGACAAAAAAGAAAAAUAUUGACAAACUAAAUUCCGGACCAACUCAGCAAGAAGUGCUAUGCAGCCAUUCUAGUAAUGAUCAGCUGGAAAAACGACAUGAAGAUUAUCAGAAAAAUAAAGUAAAAGCUAAACCUGAUCAAUAUAUGCAAGGUAACAACAAUAGUGAAAAACAAAAAGAAUAUAACCACAAAGAAAGAAUUAUCGAAAAAAUAGUAAGAAUGCCAUCUUCCUUAAGUCAAGAAGCGAUGAAUAAGUCAGCAACAUAUGUUUUUGAGAUAAACCAAUUUAAUUUUGAAAAUGUGACAGCUACUGAAACAAGUAUAGAAGACAGAAAUAAUAAAUGGGAAAGCAAUCAAGUUGAUUAUAAAAAAAAUGUUAACAACAUGCAAAAUGAAAAGAAAAAUAUGGAUGAUACAUUGGAGAAGGGUACCCAGGAACAUGAAGAAAACCCAGAAAAGGAGCAAUGCAUUGAAGAAGAUGAAGUAAGUAUGGAAGAGACCGAAAGGGUACAUGGCGCACAAGACAAAGAAAGUGACAGUGAAGAAAAAUCUGAAGGCAUGGUGGAUUCUAUGAUAGACACCAAGAGUGAUGAAGGAGAAAGUGAAAAUGAUGAAUCACAAUCUGAAACAGAAAGUGAGCAGAAUCUGGAGGAAAAGAACUUUCAGAUAAGACAAAAGAAAGAUGACACAGAUAAUAAAGUGCAAGAGAUAGAGGAAAGGGACCUAUAUGAAAAAAAACCUAACAUCAGGAAUGCCCAAAUUAAGGGCAAAAUGAAAAAAAUGGAGAAGGAAAAAGAUAAUGAAGAAAUGGGAGAUGAGAAAGAAAACAGAAAAGAGAGAGAAGUAGAAAAGGACAACGAGGAAAAUUAUGAGGAAUGUGAAGAUGGAGAGGAAAGUGGUGAUGCUAUGUCGAUAAAGGAGAAUAGCGCAGAGGAAGAGGAACCUGAAGAACAGGAUCAGGAAGAAACUGAAAGAGAGGAAGAAGGAAAAGAAAAGCAAGAGGGAGAAAUUGAAAGAGAAGUAGAUGAAGAAAGUGUGGGAUGUGAAGAAGAGAAAGAUGAGGAAGAGGGAGAUCAUGAAGAGGUAGAAAAUGACCCAGAGAUUUAUGAAGGGGAAGAAGAACAAAGGGAGGAGGAGGAGGAGGAGGAGGAGAAAGAAGAAGAGGAAGAGAUAGCGGAGGAGGAGGAGAAAGAAGAAGAGGAAGAGAUAGCAGAGGAGGAGGAGAAAGAAGAUGAAGAAGAGGAGAAAGAAGAAGAAGAGGAAAAGAAGGAAGAAGAGGAAGAGGAUGAAGAGGAAAAAGAAGAGUUGGACGAAGAGGAAGAGGAGGAGUUGGACAAAGAAGAGGAGGAGGAGGAGACAGAAGAGGAGGAGGAAGAGAAAGAGGAGGAAGAACUGGAGGAGGGGGAGAAGGAACUGGAGGAGGAGGAGGAAGAAGAGGAGGACGAGAAAGAAAUUGUUGAGCGUAAAAAGGAAGAAAAAGUAGCCAAAAACUCCAAAGGUCAAAAACAAAAAGAAAAUAAUGAAAGAAGAAAGCAAAAUACAAACAGCAAAAUAAAAAACAUUAAAGAAAAAAGAACACCGAAACAAGCAGUGAAUGGAUUUCAGCAUACAUAUGAGUUUUGGAACAAUGUUUUACCACAUUACUUGACGCUAAAGUAAUCUGGAGACUAGAAAUAAUUUCUACAUGAAGAUCGUUUUUCAGUUAUAGUAUAAUAUCUGUAUACUGCAUUAAUAUGUGUGCAUGCAUGCGUGUGUGUGUGUGUGUAUUUUACAUAUAUACACAUACAGUAUAUAUGUAAAAUCGAUAAAACUCAUCCCUUGAAUCUACUCUUAAACAUCUAGAAUGAAUUUCUUUCCAUCUAUAUAGGAUAAAUCUCAUUAAAUCUCCUUGGUCAUUAGAGCCAGAAUUCUUCAUAAAAUACCAAUUCCCUAUUUUGGAGUAUAAUUCCAUAUCAUAUUUACAUUUUUAAUUCUUAUGUUUUCUCUUAACGUAUGUAAUGACUUUAAAUCAAAAAA